AUGCAGUAUAUGUAUUGUACACAAAGUAAUGAAUACAAUAAUUCUUCAACCUGGUUGCAAUUCGGUGAUCUAAAUCCACUUCAUGAAGAAUGUAUAAGUGGAAAUAAAACUUUAGAUAAUUACAUCAUAAAAUGCCAAAGUGGGGCCUUUAAUUAUGAGGAAGAA